CUCAUAGUCUGUUCACCCCAGGGCAUCAAUGCAACGCCGGACAGCAACAUUUCAGCAUGACAUAAACUCAGAUAUGAAAUCAUAUUUUCAUGAUGAAAUGACUGACAGGAAGCCAAUCAGCGGUGCUGUCUCUGAGGUGAGAUGUGAUACACGAGACUCUGAGCGGAGAAAUAUCAGCGACACAGACCCAGAAGAGGAGAAGAAAAGGACAGAGGAUUCAAAGAGGAAGUGGGAGAUCUCGUCUCUUCAGGAGCUGGAGGAGGUUUUACAUUCAGCUCCACGCUCCUGUCGCCACGGAGAUGAGGUGUGGCCUAACUUGUAUCUGGGAGACAUGUUUAUGUCUCAUGACAAGCUCGGGCUCUGGCAGCUGGGCAUCACUCACGUGCUGAAUGCAGCCCAUGGAAAACUGUGCUGUAAGGGCAGUGAUGAUUUUUAUGGCACCACAGUGAAAUACUACGGAGUCCCUGCAAACGACCUGCCAACAUUUGACCUUUCACCUUUUUUCUACCCUGCUGCUGAGUUCAUUCACCAGGCUUUGACAUCAGGAGGAAAGGUGUUUGUGCACUGUGCUGUGGGUGUGAGUCGCUCGGCUGCAUUGGUCCUAGCCUACCUGAUGAUUCAUCACCGCCUCACUCUGCUGUCCUCUACACGCUGUGUGCAGCAAAAACGCUGGAUUUUCCCAAACAGAGGCUUCCUGCGGCAGCUUAUAGCCCUGGACCAAAAACUGCAGGACGAAGGGUUGUAUGAGGCGAAAUAAAAACAAACAAAGCGAGGAAGA